ACUCCGGAAGUGCGACUGGAACUUGGUCGGGGCGCCGAUCUUGAGAGAGAAAGUGGGAGCCGGGGCGCAAGGGAGUUCGCCCAGAGAUCUGGAAGGCCACGCCUCCUUGCGCCGACCGUCUCAGCCUUGCAGCUGGGGACAGAGUCAGACUGUCUUCUGAAGAUCGAUGUCUGUUUCCUUGAGCUCUUUAAUUUUCAUGCCAAUUUGGAUAAGCAUGGCACAAAUCCAGCAGGGAGGUUCAAAUGAAAAAGGACAGACUACAGCAUUGCAAGAUUUGCUGUCUAGGAUCAAUUUGGAUGAACUCAUGAAAAAGGACGAACCACCUUUUGAUUUUCCAGAUACACUGGAAGGCUUUGAAUAUGCUUUCAAUGAAAAGGGGCAGCUGAGACACAUAACAACUGGGGAACCAUUCGUUUUUAACUACCGAGAAGACUUACACAGGUGGAACCAGAAAAGAUAUGAAGCUCUGGGUGAGAUCAUCACAAGAUAUGUUUAUGAGCUCCUGGAAAAUGACUGUAAUUUGAAAAAAAUCUCUGUUCCAGUAGAUGCCACUGAGAGUGAACCAAAGAGUUUUUUCUUCAUGAGUGAGGAUGCUUUGACAAAUCCACAGAAACUGAUGGUUUUAAUUCACGGUAGUGGUGUUGUCAGGGCAGGGCAGUGGGCCAGAAGGCUUAUUAUUAAUGAAGAUCUGGACAGUGGAACACAGAUACCUUUUAUUAAGAGAGCUGUGGAUGAAGGGUAUGGAGUCAUAGUCCUGAACCCAAAUGAAAACUAUAUAGAAGUAGAAAAGCAGAAAAUGCGUAAGCAGUCAUCCGAUGGCACUGAUGAGCCAUCGGGGAAGCGGGAGAGGAAAGACAAGGCCUCCAAGGAAGCAAGGAAGCGCCGCGAUCUCUACGAGAAGUACCGCAACCCCCAGAAGGAGAAAGAAACCACACAGCUGUUUAUCAGGGAAAAUGGCUCUCCUGAGGAGCAUGCAGUGUAUGUGUGGGACCAUUUCAUAGCCCGGGCUGCUGCCGAGAAUGUGUUCUUUGUUGCUCAUAGCUAUGGAGGGCUUGCUUUUGUUGAACUGAUGAUUCAACGAGAAUCAGAUGUAAAAAGUAAGGUGACUGCUGUGGCAUUGACAGACUCUGUUCACAAUGUGUGGCAUCAAGAAGCUGGCAAAACCAUUCGAGAAUGGAUGAGAGAGAACUGUUGCAACUGGGUCUCUAGCUCAGAACCAUUAGAUACCUCGGUGGAGUCCAUGCUGCCUGACUGUCCCAGAGUGUCUGCAGGCACCGACCGUCACGAGCUCACUUCAUGGAAGAGCUUCCCGUCCAUCUUCAAGUUCUUCGCGGAAGCCUCGGAGGCCAAGAGCAGCUCGCAGAAGCCGGCCCUGACGCGGCGAUCGCACCGGAUCAAGCACGAGGAGCUGUGAGCGCGCAGCCGCCCGCCGCCCGCAGCCUCCCGGCCCCCAUUAGAUUGCUUUCUUUCUCCAGCGCAGGGUCGUGACGAGUCCGUCUAAAUAGCGUUUUGCAUUAUUUCUAGAUGAGUGCAACUGUCAAAGCAAUACGGCUUCGGCGGCCGCGUCGCCUGCGGCUAAGCCGGGCCUCGCUCUGCGGGGCCAGGGCGACCGAAGCUCACAGCGCCCGGUGCGCCACGGCCCCGCGCUCCUAAUUGCCGGGCUGAUCCGCGGGCGCAGCUGGCCGAGCGGCGUCUGCGCGGUCCUACCGCCCGCUACAGCGCGGCCGCCGCUGCCCAGCCUCAACCGUGCCCAUUUUUUAUUCCCCUUUAAACACAGCAAGCUUUUAUUCAAAACCUCAAACUUGAUUUUGACUAGGUUUUUUCCCUCGGGUCAUUUUAUGAGCCCCUGUCUUUUAUACAAAGCUACACACCCGAGCCCUAAAAAUGCCAACUUUAAAUUCAAAACAUGAAUUUAACUGCAUGUGUAGUUUGGGGAGUACAGUUGUUCUCUCCCUAUAAUGACUUAUUUACCUUUCAAAACCCAAAGAAAAAUUUUGCAUAAAGUGCCAAAUCCGAAUCCUCAUUUUUGCCCAGUUGAACUCCAGUCUUUAUGUCACUGAUUUCAGGAGAGAAUGUCCAAACGAAAACAUAAACAGAUCUUUUAGAUGUAGGUUUAAGUCCCCAUUUUCAGUGAAUUUCCAAGUUACUUAUAAGAACUUACCUUACUAUUAAAAUAUAUAACAUGAUGAGUGACAUUGUGAUUUAGAUGAUACAGUUGAGGUGUGUUUUUUAUGUGCUCCAGUGCAGAGCAGUGGUGGUAGUAGUUGAUCCUUAUAAACUGUACUUGGACCUUUCUUGUAGUGUACCCUUUCAGAUGCAGAAUUUUUUACUAUCAUCAAGAAAAUGAACCUGCAAACCCCCUUCCUUCUGAAGGGCCAAGUGGGGUUAGAAGGCUUCAGUUCUCAACUACAGUGGGAAAAGAGAUGCAUCGUGUGAAUGACGUUCUCUUUUGGGUCCAAAACGUUUACUGUUCUCUUCCUGUGACCGGGUACUGCCCUGUAAUUCCAACAGUUAGGUCAACACUGACGUACAGAAGGUAAAAUUAGUUCACAUUUUACUGGCUUUCGAAUUAAAGCAUUAAACGUGAAUUACUUGAAAUUUUUAAUUAGUGAAGAUUAUAUCCAGUGGAUGAGAUUAUGAUUUAAUACAUUCAUCCUUUUUAAAAUGAAUUCAACAAGUAAUUUGAACUCAUGCCUUGUUGGAGGCCAUGAGACAGUAUAAUCCAAAUGAGUGUGAGUUGCGCCAGGGAAGAGAACCUGAGCUCAACCACUUCCUGAGGAAGCUUCUCACCUCGUGAGCUGAUUUUAGCAAGUUUCAAACUAGCAGCAUCUCACACUCUUUGCAUGCUCAUGCAUUCAGAUUUUCUGUGGUGACAGUAAAAUCUGUAGUGGCCAGGGCUGGGCAGCCUCUGCUAUCACUUGGGCAGAAGCACCUUAGGAAAGAUUAAAAUGGUGUUUUAUCCAGCUUCUGGGCAGUUUAAAAUAUGACUCCAACAAUGUCAAGCCCAUUGCACCGUCACAGUGACCCUCUGCACUUCUGUUUUCAGAAGGAUUGGUGAACUCUGAAAAUAAUAACAUCUUUCCAGUGACUGGGCUUGAAAAAUUGAUUAUAUUGGUUAUAUCUUAACAAAUGUUAUGAAUUGUCUGAUGUUUUCAGUAUGUGAAAAUGUUCACAAGAAACUAAGUUUUUAACAUCAAGGGGGGGGGGGGGAACCUAUGGAGGGCUAAAGUUGCUAAACCUCUGCAGCUAAAUUAAAGCAAAGUAAACGUGCUCAGCUUAAGAACCAAAUAAAGGUCUCCUGUUCCUUCCCUCCAGGUUCCUCUCUGUAGCUCUUAAAUCUUGUUUAGAGAAAGUCUCUGUGUCCUUCGGAUGAGUACUUUACAGUCACUGAAUUGUAACCUUGUCAUCUGUCUUUAGCAGCUAUUACAAAGUUACAUUUUGUAAAUGUCUGUUGCUACUUGUGGAUUUGCGCUAUAGCCCCCCAGAGGGAGGCAAGCAGAGCACCCCAGACCACCAGCUGCUGAGACAAAUGGUUCCUUUCAAUGUAGGAUUUCUUGACCUGUUGAUUGGGUUGCUGUUGGUAUCUGUGUAAUGAUGUUAAUUCACCGCUGUGUUCUUGGGAUGACAACAAGCACAUGGCAGUACCCUGCCUGCACAGAGGCCAGGGCUAAUAUUCUUCCUCUGGUAUUCUCCCUAUUUUUAUUUUCUUAAAAAGAUUUUAGGCACACAGUGGUAGAAAAGGAAGGUGUGAUCAUAUAUAUAUAUUACUUCUUAAAGUAAAUAGAUGGAGAAAGACAUAAACUGGAAAGUCAUGGUAGCAUGACUAAAGCAUCGUGCCAGGCUGUGGCUUUGGAGCCCUCUAGGGUUCCUAACACAGUCACCCUGGGUGUUUGCUAGACCAUCUACUUGUAAUAAUUGUUCUUUUCUCACAUUACUGCCUGUGCUUCCUGAAAUGCAUUUUGUUUGUUUAUAUGUCAAAAAUAAUAAAGCUCAGAGCCUCCUGUAAUCUUGUUUACCAUUUUAAAAUAAAAUUUUUCUGACAAA